AGGAGUUAGCAGCCAAGAACCAGCUGCAGCAAUGUCACCUUGCCAAUCUCUUCUCUUUCUAUUCGUCAUCGCCCUUCAUGUAACACUAACAGUAACAGCACCAGCCAAUUCAUUGCCAACAUUUUUCCCUCGAGCUGCUGCGUAUCAGUCUUUGACCAAACAACCCAAGGCUCCAAAACCAAAUCUUCCAUUCAAGACUCAUUACUUCCCUCAAACUUUAGACCAUUUCACUUUCCAGCCCAAGAGCUAUAAAAUUUUCUACCAAAAGUACCUAAUUAACACUCAGUACUGGCAUAAAGAGGCUCCUAUCUUCGUCUACACUGGAAAUGAAGGGGAUAUCGACUGGUUUGCUGCUAACACUGGGUUCAUGCUCGACAUUGCUCCCAAGUUCAAAGCUCUCAUUGUCUUCAUUGAACAUAGAUUUUAUGGGGAGUCAAUGCCAUUUGGGAAAGACUCAUACGAGUCAGCAAAGACCUUGGGGUACUUAACUUCACAGCAAGCCUUGGCUGAUUUCGCUGUUCUGAUAAGGAGCUUGAAGCAGAACCUGUCAUCUGAAGCAUCCCCAGUGGUGGUCUUUGGUGGGUCUUAUGGAGGAAUGCUGGCAGCAUGGUUUAGGCUUAAAUACCCUCAUAUAGCAAUUGGUGCACUGGCUUCUUCUGCCCCUAUAUUACAGUUUGAUAAGAUAAUCCCAUGGUCGAGCUUCUACGAUGCUGUUUCCCAGGAUUUCAAGGAUGUGAGCCAGAAUUGCUAUGAAGUGAUAAAGGGGAGCUGGGCAGAACUGGAGGCAAUUUCAACUCAGAAAGAAGGCUUGGCUGAACUAAGCAAAGCUUUCAGAACCUGCAAGAGCCUUCAUUCACCAGCUUCUGUUCUAGGUUGGCUAUGGACUGCUUUCGUUUAUACAGCCAUGGUUAACUAUCCAACUGAGGCAAAUUUCUUGAAGCCAUUACCUGCUUAUCCCGUGCAGCAAAUGUGCAAGAUAAUUGAUAAAUCUCCAUCAGGAGCAACAAAGCUCAGCCGCGCAUUUGCAGCAGCAAGCUUAUAUUACAAUUAUUCUCGAACAGAAAACUGCUUUGAGGUAGAACACGAAAUUGACACUCAUGGCCUUCAUGGGUGGGACUGGCAGACAUGCACAGAGAUGGUCAUGCCAAUGACUUGCUCUAAUGAGAGCAUGUUUCCUCCAACUGGCUUUGAUUAUAAAAGGUUUGCAGAACAAUGCCAAAUGAAAUACGGAGUUUUGCCUCGACAACAUUGGAUCACAACUGAAUUUGGUGGCGAAAGACUUGAGAAAGUACUGAAGAGAUUUGGUAGCAAUAUCAUAUUUUCCAAUGGUAUGCAGGAUCCAUGGAGCAGAGGAGGUGUGCUGAGAAAUAUAUCUGCCAGUAUCAUAGCUCUUGUCACAGAACAAGGAGCUCACCAUGUCGAUUUCCGGGCCACAACAAAAGACGAUCCUGACUGGCUUCUGGAACUGAGGAGGCAAGAAGUUGAGAUCAUCCAGAAAUGGUUACAGGAGUAUUAUUUAGAUCUCAGGCAUGCUUAAAUUAAGGAUUCAACAGAAGUUGAAAUCCAUCAAUAUUUUGAAGCUUGAACUCUAAUUUGCAGAAAUUCUCAUCUAAUUGCUGGUUAUUCCCCUCAU